CUGCAAACACCUCUACUCAUUGGCACUAAUGCUGACCCCUGCAGGUGUGACGCAAGCGAUAGCAAUGGGAAAUGACUGUCACGUGACUCAAUGCCUGACGCAUUGCACGCUAUUAUUGUGAAACGUGUCCCACAUUUGCAUCACAUUUGCAGACAAACAACACAUCCAUUGUUUUGAACAUAUUUUACAAACCAAUCCAUUGAAUCACUCGACGGAUCAGCUUAUGUGACCACUCAUUCACUCUAUCAUAUCAUAACAUUGUGUGUCUGUCUGCGCGAGUAGUUGUUUGUCCAUUGGUCCACCGUUUGUCUGUUAUUUCACUCAUUUGUUUAUAUUUUUGUCCAUCACUUCCCGCGUGUCUUAAGCCACCGAAACGAUGGCCAACGAGAACAACAUUAACGGCACGAAUCGCGCCGACAGUGCGGUAACCGAUGCGCUGACCGCCGAUGAAAAGGUGGCACUCAUUACACGCAACCUUCAGGAAGUGUUAGGCGAAGACCGUUUGAAAGAGAUUGUUAACACCCGUGACGUACGGAUCUAUUGGGGAACUGCGACCACCGGUCGGCCACACGUGGCGUACUUCGUGCCGAUGUGUAAGAUCGCCGACUUUUUAAAGUCCGGGUGCGAAGUGUCGGUACUGUUUGCCAAUCUUCACGGCUAUCUCGACAAUAUGAAGAGCUCGUGGGAUCUGCUCGAACACCGCACCCAAUACUACGAGUCGGUGAUCAAAGCCAUGUUGACCUCCAUUGGCGUCCCGAUCGACAAAUUGAAGUUCGUUAAGGGAACCGACUAUCAGCUGAGCCGCGAGUUUACGCUCGAUGUCUAUCGCCUGUCAUCGAUGGUCACCGAACACGACGCCAAGAAAGCCGGCGCUGAAGUGGUCAAACAGGUUGACCACCCGUUGAUCAGUGCUCUCUUAUACCCCGGACUCCAGGCGUUGGACGAGGAGUACCUGAAAGUGGACGCCCAGUUCGGUGGUGUGGAUCAGCGCAAGAUCUUUACUUUUGCCGAGAAAUAUUUGCCACAAUUGGGUUACACUAAACGCAUUCAUCUCAUGAAUCCUAUGGUUCCGGGCCUAUCGGGUGGCAAAAUGUCGUCGUCGGAAGAGGACUCGAAGAUUGAUUUGUUGGACUCACCGGAUGUGGUGAAGAAGAAGCUGAAGAGAGCGUUCUGCGAACCGGGAAAGAUCGCCGACAACGGGGUGUUGGCCUUCGUUAAGCACGUGGUGUUCUCCCUCUUCGACACGUUUGUGAUCGCACGCAAAGAGGCCAACGGCGGAGACCUGACGUACGCCCACUACCAGUCCCUCGAAGACGAUUUUGUUCAAUUGCGCUUACAUCCCGGAGACCUGAAGGCGGCCGUCGAGAAGUACUUGAAUCGUCUGUUAGAACCGAUUCGCGAGACAUUCAAAGACCCGAAGCUGAAGAAGUUGACGGACAACGCCUACCCAUCGCUCGACAAAAAGGGCAAAGUAGUGGCCACAAGUGCUAACGAUAUCAAUCCAUCACUGCUGGACAUUCGGGUCGGAAAGAUUGUGGACAUAGAAAAGCAUCCGGACGCCGACUCCCUAUAUGUGUCGCAAAUCGAUUUGGGAGACGCAGACGGCGGCACCCGAACAGUGGUCAGCGGUUUGGCGGCACUCAUGUCGCGGGAGUCACUGCACGAGCGACUGGUCGUAGUGUUGGCGAACCUAAAGCCGGCCAAAAUGCGUGGCGUAGAGUCGCGCGGAAUGAUUCUGUGCGCCUCAACAGACGAGCCCAGACAAGUGGAACCGCUAAACCCCCCGUCCGGCAGCCAACCCGGCGAACGGGUGUUUGUCGAGGGCUACUCCCGGCCCGCGUCCGACACUUGGGAACAGUUGAACCCUAAGAAGAAGGUGUGGGAGAAGUUGCAGACAGACCUCCGCACGUCUCACAAUGGUUUGGCCGAGUGGUCGGGCAAUCCGUUGGUCACCACCCGUGGUCUCAUCACGUGUAAGUCGAUGUCCAACGCGCCCAUCAAAUAAUGAUCACGUGAUUUAGUUUUCUAAUUAUUGCUAUAAUUGUAUAUUUUUAUUAUAUUUCUUAUAAAUUAAUUACAUUUUAAAUGUUCUGUUUUUUGGUGUCAUUUAAUAAAUAUAUUUAUGAAUUUAAAUACAUAA